AUGAGCGAUGGAGGUAAAGCGGAGAAUAAGAUAGGGAAAGAGAGUCCAAUUACUCGACCUGGUGAGGAUAAUUUUGGCCGAGCAAUAUCGAAAAUUGCAGUGGCGCAGAUAUGCGAGAAUGUUGGAUUUGAGAGCUUUAACGAGUCGGCGCUCGAUUCCCUUGCUGACUUGGCAAUCCGGUAUCUCCUUGACCUAGGGAAAACUGCCAAAUUUUAUUCAAAUUUAGCUGGUAGGACUGAGUGUAAUGUGUUUGAUAUAAUUCAAGGGUUAGAGGAUUUGGGCAUGUCGACAGGGUUUUCAGGUGCUUCAGAGGUUGGUGUUAAUUGUGCAAUUAGUUCGGGCGCUGUAACAGAGAUUAGAAGGUACGUGGAGUCAGCCGAGGAGACACCCUUUGCACAGCCAGUUCCACAUUUUCCGGUGGCCAAAGAAUAUAGAUUAAUACCAAGUUUCUUGCAAAUGGGUGAGACACCUAAUUUUAAGCAUAUUCCAGAGUGGUUACCUGCAUUUCCCGACCCUCACACUUAUAUACACACAGCCGUGUGGAAUGAAAGGGUUUCCGAUCCUCGCGCAGACAAGAUUGAGCUAGCCAGGCAGCAUAGAAAGGCAGAGAGGGCUUUGUUGAGCUUGCAGCAGAGGCUUGUGUGUAAUGAGUCAUCAGUGGCAUCUACAUCUACUGAACUAGUUGAUGGUAGGAAUGGCUUAGAAGUUAAUGAUAUUAAGAACCAAGUUUUGGCAAAUCCUCUAGAAGAUGGUGAGCAAGAUGAUUCUCCUGUUGUUCUGCCUGGUAAGUUCUCUGGUGAAGAACAUAUGGAAAACCAUGUUUCUUUGCUGGAGACGUUUGCUCCCGCGAUUGAGGCAAUGAAGGAUGGGCUUUCUGAUUAUGGAAAUAAAGGAGAGAAGAAUUUUUCGGGCAAGAGGCCUGUUGUUCUACCUGCUAAGCUCUCUGGUGAGGCACACUCCGAAAAACAUGUUUCCUUUUUGGAGACAUUUGCUCCUGCAAUUGAGGCAAUGAGGGAUGGGCUCUCUGAUUCCGGAAAUUAUGGAGAAAAGAGUUUUCCUGGCAGGAGGCCUGCUGUUUGUUUGGAGUUCAAGGGUGGUAAAAAAGUUUUUGGUGAAUCAUUGGAUUUGAGGAUCCGGAACAAGACUUUUCGUAGAACAGCACCCUGGUUUGGACGCGAGGAUGAGAAGGAUGACAAGAAGAGGAGGAUUGAGUUUAUACUGAGGCAAUCCAUGGAAAACCAACAGGAGCUGACUUAG